AGCUCCAUUUUCAUUCGUAUUACUAUUUAUCUUUCAUUUUUUCUUUUAAAUUACAAGACCAGGGAAAGCAAUAUCUUUUGUUCACCAAGCUUAGUCAACUAGCAGGCAUUUUACUUAUAUGGAAAACCUCAUCGAAGAAGUUGAAACGAAUAAACAUGGGUGUUGAAAAAUGUAAAAGAGUGGCUGUAAUUGGAGCAGGAAUGGCUGGAAUAUGUGGUAUAAAAUGCUUAAAGGAAGAAGGUAUCGAACCUGUGUGCUUUGAAAGAACUGGGUUUUAUUCUGGAACGUGGAGAUAUAACGAGGAGGACAUUGACGGAUUAGCUGCAAUAACUUCAGCAACAACAGCAAAUAACAGUAAAGAGAUGAGUGCUCUAAGUGAUUACCCAUUUCCAAAAGACUGUCCUAACUAUCCAUCUCACAAAAAGAUUUAUGAGUUGGCAAAGGAUUACGCGAACCGAUUCGAUAUUCUAAAACAUGUACAUUUUAAUCAUGAAGUCACGCACGUUUGUCAAACUGAAGACUAUGACGAAACAGGUAGAUGGACCGUUACAGUAAAAAAUCUUAGGUCUAACAAAAUAACGACUGAUGUUUUUGAUGGAGUUUUCGUUUGCACCGGCCAAUUUGCAUAUCCAAAUAUGCCGAUAUUUCCAGGCCAAGAGAAGUUUAAAGGAAGGAUUCUGCAUUCCAAACAGCUAAGAACAUUUGAGAGUUUUAAAAAUGAAAAAGUGGUUGUUGUUGGCCUUGGUUGUUCUGCGGUGGAUGCAGCAACGGAAAUAAGUAAUCUCGCAGAACAGGUGUAUCUCAGCACUCGAACUGGAGCCUGGGUACUCCCACGGUCAGGUCCAUACGGUCUGCCUACUGACUUAUGUUGUCUCCGCCGAUGGUCAAAUUACCUACUUCAAAGCCUGCCAUUAACAUGGAGCAGUCGGUAUAUAGAAAACUUCUUUGAACGGCUGUCAUUUAAUCAUUCGUUGUACGGUAUAAAGCCAUCACAUCAUUUAAUGUCGCAAGAUCCUGUAGUGUCAGACAUCCUACCAAUCAAAAUCCUCUCUGGUCACGUCAUCGUCAAAGACGAUAUCAAGUGUUUCACAGAAUGUGGCGUCAUAUUUGAAGGCGAAAGGAAUAUCACAGAAGUUGAUACGGUCAUAAUGGCAACAGGAUACCAGUGGAAAUUCCCCUUCUUAAGCGAUGGCAUUUUAACAAAAGAUGGCGAUUGCCUUAAUAUCUAUAAAUGUGUGUAUCCUGCUCAAUUACCCCACCCCACACUCGCUAUUAUAGGAUUCAUUUUACCUUUGGGUCCAGGUUUUCCAAUGGGGGAAUCACAGUGUAGAUGGGCAGCUCUUUUAAUUAAUAAAAAAGUCGAAUUCCCACCAACAGAGAAGAUGCUCGCAGAAGUGCGAAAAACCUAUGAAAUGAACAUUAAACGGUAUAAGAAAUCUGACCGACUGACCACACGGGUUGAUUAUAUAGAUUACUUAGAUGAUAUAGCAUUUCAGUUUGGGGCAAAGCCAAAUUUGGUUAAGAUAUUUUUUACUGAUCAAAAAUUGUUUUGGGCAUUAUGGUUGGGUCCAUCAUUACCUUACCAAUAUCGCUUACAAGGUCCACACAAAUGGUCGGGAGCAAGGAAUGCAAUUUUGACUUACAAGGAAAGGGUUAAAUAUCCACUUCGGAGUGGAAGAAAUAAAAAAGCUGGAAGUAAAUUGGGAGGAUUAUCAUUGAAAGUUGUAAUAGCAAUUGUAGUGCUUUGGUUUUGGAUAUCUUUGUUUUAACAGAACUAUAAAAAAGAUUUUAAAAAAUAUGAAAUAUAAAUAAGAAAAUUAUCUAUCAAUUAACAGUGUAUUAACUAAAAAAUAAGAUAUUAUCUU